AUGGAUGUAGAUUUAUCAUUGCAACCUACUAGUACAGACGAUGAUACAUCUUCUCAGUCAUCCGAUAAGGAAAACCUCAAUACCAAACAAGCCGACAAGCUUGCUAAGAAACUAGAACGUGAAAAACAAAAAGAAUUAGAGAAGAAAGCUAAAGAGGAAGAAAAACUUGCCAAAAAACGUCAAUUGGAACAAGAUAAACUAGAACGGAAACGCAAAAUUGAAGAAGAGCGAGAAUCGAAGAAAAGAAAACUAGAGGAAGAAAGAGAAGCCAAGCGGAGAAAGCUCGAAGAGGAGAAAGAACUCAAACGUAAAAAGCUCGAAGAAGAGAAGGAACUUAAACGAAAGAAGCUUGAAGAAGAGAAGUUACUUCGGGAACAGAAGAGACUCGAGGAGAAGCUAGCUAAGGAAAAGGAAAGAGAAGAGAAGAAACGGAAAUUAGAAGAGGAAAAAAGGAUAAAGGAACUCGAAAGGAAACGAAUUGAAGAAGAAAAGAAGAAAGCUGAAGAGUUGAAAGAACGAAGUCAGAUGAAGAUUUCAAGCUUCUUCCAAGUGAAACCAGCACAGCCAAAGUCGCAAGAAAUACUGACUACUCCAAUUGUUAUAGCCAGCUCUCCUUCAGAGAUUGUUUGCAAAUAUGAUUCAGAAUUCUUGCCAUUCUUUGUUCAAAAGAAUGUCACCGUGAUGAGUAGACCCAGAAAGGAUCUUUCACAAACUCAAAAAGAGCUAAACGACAUAAUAGCCAAUCCAUCCCAAGAACAAUUUACAAGUUUCCUCAAAUCUUUACCAAUGACUGCAUCGACUAGUGCAACCCACCAAACAACACCCGAUGAAAUCAUAACUGCCUUAAACUCCUCCACAACUACAGAAUCACAAGUAUACCAAUUAAUCAACCAAUUACCACCUAUCAAAUACAUCAGUUUCUACGAGAAUGAAAAGCCGCCAUAUAUAGGAACAUGGUGUUCAACCAAGCACAAGUCUCAACAAGCAUCUAUAAUAGCCAAUCCAUUAAAUUCGGAACUUACUGGGUUUGAUUAUGACUAUGAUUCCGAUUUGGAAUGGAACAAAGACGACGAAGACGGAGAAGAUUUGGAUGAUGAUGUUGAUGAUGACGAGGAUGAUCUGAUGUUGAUUCCUGAUGAAGAAGACGAUGAGUUUGUCGAGAAUGAUGGGAUUAGAAAGAAGAAGUUUAUCUCGUUACUGAUCAUUAACAAAUGGAACAACGAUGAGAAUAAGCUGUUCUUUCAAGAUUUUUCUGUUGUGGUCAUGACUGAAGGCGUCCAAGUGCCUGUUGAAGGACCGAUUGACCCAUUUUGCAACUACUGGAAAGGUGAAGAAGUUGUAAUGGCAGCAGCUGAUGAAAGUAAUGCCACAUUGAAUGAACAGGUGCAAGCCGUUGCUCUAAGUACACCAGUCAAGAACACAAUGGCAAAUCCAAAUAUACUAACUCCAUCCAAGAAGACGAUAACCGACCCAAUAAUACUUAAGCUGCUCAUUCAAUUCCUUGAAAAGAAUAAUGAUUUUACUAUAGGGACGUUAGUUGAGUUAUCUAAAAAGGAAUUCAAACAAUUCACUAAAGCGUUGUUGAAGAAUACUAUACAAGAUAUUGCUUGCUAUAAUAAGAAAACUUCAAUAUGGGAAAUUAAACAAGAGAUCAAGACUAGAUAUGAAUAA